GCUCGGCUCCCGCCCGGCUUCCUAGAACGGGGCUGCCGAGAGCCGGAGCCCGGCGCGUUCCCGGAAUGACAGCGCGGUGCCCUUCCCCGGCGCCCGCCGGCCAUGGGGCCGCAUUUCCUCCCCGGCUAAACGCGGCGCUCACACCGCACCGGCGGGGCUGGGGCCGGCAGCUGGCGGCAAGGUUUGAAAGAAACUUUUGGGCUGUGAAUUGAGGCAUUGGGCAGAGUCAAGAUGGCCUCUCCGGCAGACAGCUGCAUCCAGUUCACCCGCCACGCAAGUGACGUACUUCUCAAUCUCAACCGCCUUCGGAGCCGGGAUAUCCUCACCGAUGUCGUUAUCAUCGUGAACCGGGAACAGUUCAGAGCCCACAAAACUGUCCUCAUGGCCUGCAGCGGCCUCUUCUACAGCAUAUUCACCGACCAGCUAAAGUGCAAUCUGAACAUCAUCACUCUGGCCCCAGACAUCAACCCCGAGGGAUUCUGCAUCCUGCUGGACUUCAUGUACACCUCCCGCCUCAACCUGAGGGAAAGCAACAUCAUGGCCGUCAUGGCCACCGCACUCUACCUGCAGAUGGAGCACGUCGUCGAUACUUGCCGAAGGUUUGUCAAGUCUAGCGAAGCCGAAAUGGUCUCCGCAAUGAAGACGCCAAGGGAAGAGUUCUUGACGGGCCGGAUGCUGAGUCAUCCGGAGGUGAUGGCGUACAGGAGCCGGGAAGUCUCCGAGAACAACAUGCCUCUCCGAAACACGCCUCUCUGCGAUGGGAGGGCCUUUGCCUCCAGUUUGUACAGUGGCCUGUCCGGAUCGCCCCUUUCCUACACUGGAUACAACCCCAUUCCAGUCAACGGUUUCCUCUUGGACGACGAGCUGCGAGAGACGAGGAUGCCCCUGCAGGAUGUCUCGAGGGUCAACUCUUUUCCAAAGGAGAGAACGCUGCCAUGUGACAGCUCCAGGACAAUCCCUACAGACUAUACCAGAGCCGUCACUGAUCUUUCAGCCAACACGUGCCAUGCCACCAUCUAUUCUCCAAACGAGGCUGCUGCCGAAGAGGCCAGAAGUGACAUGCACUACAGCAUAGCCGCUGGUCCUAAGCCCGUCACACCUUCGGUCCGAAACAAUCCCUACUUCGCCUGUGACAAAGUGGCCAAAGAAGAAGAGCGGACCUCUUCGGAAGACGAGAUAAGCCAACACUUCGAACCAACCAAUACACCAAUGAACCGAAAGGGUCUCAUCAGCCCCCAGAGCCCCCAGAAAUCAGACUGCCAACCCAACUCGCCAACUGAGUCCAGCAGCAGCAAGAACGCCCGCAUCGCUCAAAGCUCUGGAUCUCUGGGUACCAAGAGCCCUACCGACCCUAAAGCCUGCAACUGGAAGAAGUACAAAUUCAUCGUCCUCAACAACCUCAACCAGAGCACCAAGCAAGACGGCGCCGACCAGAACGAAGUGGGGACCCUCUCCCCUCGCUCCUACGUGUCUACGUCGGCUUGCCAGCAGUCCAUGGAACCUGAGAAUCUAGACGUCCAGUCCCCAACCAAGCUGAGCUUGAAUGGGGAAGACUCGACAAUCCCACAAGCAAGCAGGCUCAACAACAUUGUGAACAGAUCUCUGGAUGGGUCCCCUCGGAGCAGCGAGGGGCAGUCCCCUCUGUACCUGCAUUCCUCAAAAUGCAGCACCUGCGGCUCCCAGUCCCCCCAGCAUUCUGAGAUGUGCCUUCACACCCCUGGCUCGACCUUCGGAGAGGAAAUGGGCGAAACCCACUCCGAAUACUCCGACUCCAGUUGUGAAAACGGAGCCUUCUUCUGCAAUGAGUGUGACUGUAGGUUCUCUGAAGAGGCUUCCCUCAAGAGACACUCCCUGCAGGCGCACAGUGAUAAGCCCUACAAGUGUGACCGUUGCCAGGCCUCCUUCCGCUACAAGGGAAACCUAGCCAGCCACAAAACCGUUCACACAGGCGAGAAGCCAUAUCGUUGCACUAUCUGCGGAGCGCAGUUCAACCGGCCGGCCAACCUGAAGACCCACACGCGCAUCCACUCCGGAGAGAAGCCCUACAAGUGUGAGACCUGUGGGGCCAGAUUUGUCCAGGUUGCCCAUCUCCGAGCUCAUGUGCUAAUCCACACUGGUGAAAAACCCUACCCCUGUGAAAUCUGUGGCACGCGCUUCCGGCACCUGCAGACGCUCAAAAGUCACCUUCGAAUCCACACCGGAGAGAAACCGUACCAUUGUGAGAAGUGUAACCUGCAUUUCCGCCACAAAAGCCAGCUGCGACUCCACCUCCGGCAGAAACACGGUGCCAUCACCAACACCAAGGUGCAAUACCGCGUCUCGACAACAGAGCUGCCACCAGAACUGCCCAAGGCGUGCUGAAAGCCAGGUGGAUUUCUCUGCAGGGAGAGAGAGGAAGAGGUGUUUGAGGGAGAGGGGGAAAGAUAUCCAAAGGAUACUUGUAACAC